GCAAUCCUCCUGCCUCAGCCUCCCGAGUGCUGGGGUUAUAGGCGUGCGCCACCACGCCUGGACCUCUUGUUUUGCUGUCACCGUCAUUAUUUUACUGAAUUUUCCCUUCCCCACUCUUCUUCUCCUUCCCUCCCCGGGGUGCUGCCCCCACCAUUUAACAUGUGUUUUGCUUGCUGUGGUUUUGUGCCUGUGCCUCCAGUUGGCAGCUGUGGUGUCCAGUAUGCCUCAUCCUCACUUGUCCAUCUCGCCCCUACUUCUCUCUCCCGGCACCGUUGUCUUCCUGAAUGCACUGAGGCUCUCUCUGCCCAGAGUUUGUCCCCAGUUGGCUCAUCUGUGGGAUAGUCCUGUGAACCGGCUCCCCCUUGCUCUCUAGAAUGUUCUCGCUCCUUUCUGUCUCAUCAGCCCUCUUGGCCUCGGAGCUUGCCUCACGCUUGACACACAGCCUGUCGCUGUCCUCGUAUCCACCUCCGUCCUGAGACUUGGGAGAGCUUGCCCAGCGUCUCCUGACCAGCAGGUCCUGAGCCUGAUUCCGAAUCCCAGCAGGCUGAGGGCAGAGCCCAGCUCCUAACAGAGCAGCCUCCAUGAUGUCCCAGCAGGACAGGGACACGGCUUGUGAGCGAGACGCCCCGGCGUCCCUUGUGGUGUCCUUCCUGUCCUUGAGAGUAUGAAAUACACGGGGUCCUCAGAGACCUCAGAUGUGUUGGCUUCCACGCCAGGGGUCCUCUGCCUGCUGGGGAUGUGAACUUGGUAAAGGACUGCAGUGUUGCCAGGUGGAGGAUCGCAAGUUCAAGGUCAGUCAAGGCAACUGAGAUUGUGUCUUAAAAUAAAAAGGGUCAGAGUGGCUCCGUGGUACAGCACUCGCCCAGCAUGCAGAGCUCUUGGGGUUGAUUCCCAGUAGUACUGCCAAAAGUAGUUUUUUAAACAAUGCACGCCAGUGGUGUACUACAGCUGGUGUGCCUUUUUCCCCAAAGCCAGUCCCACACAUUUUAUCCCAGCGACAACAUGUUGGUAGCUGGACAGCGGCUUUAAUGGGAGCCUUUAGACCGCAGAAGUCGGCAGGGACGGUCCCUGUAAAUCAGGGCUAUGUCUGUGUGUCUGCGGGAGAGAGGAAGAGAGACUGACAGCACCCAGCUCAUGACUGAGUGGGGUGUGAUUCAAUCUAGCGCUCUGGACUGCUGGCCAGGGUGAGCGUCCACUCCCACCACCCCAUUGCACAUGUCCUGUUUUAAAGGGAUUGUGUAAAAUGUAUAAAUAAGAGCACACAUUUAGAGACAGGGUCAGCACCGUGUCUAAUCACUUAUCCAUUCAGACAGUUGGCCCGGGCGGUGGUGCAGAAUUCUGAAGAUCUCAGAACUCAGCUUCUCAUCCUGGCGCUCGAGGACUUGCAGCUGCAAGGGACACAAAGCCCUAGACCUCUCCGAUGCAGCUGUGCAUGCAAGAUGCCCAGGGCCUGCGUGCAGCUGCCCCUUGAGAACUCAGCAGAUGAUGUUUUAGUGUGGAACUAGAGAUUUUCUUAAGUGCACGUAAGAGGUCUUUGCUGCUGCUUUUUAUUUCUUUCUUUCCUUUCUUCCUUUGACCCGGGCUUUGCCCGGCUCUUGCGGACAUGAUGGCCCAGUCCAAAGCCAGGAGCUCCCACCACGCGCUGACCGCCAUCGGCCUGGGGAUGCUGGUCCUCGGGAUCAUCAUGGCCAUGUGGAACCUGGUCCCUGGCUUCAGCGCUGCGGAAAAGCCGACAGCUCAGGGGAACAAGACUGAGAUCAGCAGUGGCGGGGGCGUCCUCAAGAGCAAGACCUUCUCUGUGGCCUACGUGCUGAUCGGCGCGGGGGUCAUGCUGUUGCUGCUGUCCAUCUGCCUGAGUGUCCGAGAGAAGAGGAAGCAGCGCCAGAGCGAGGACCUGGCCCGCAUCCAGCAGCAGGCUGGGGCCGCGCCGCAAGCCCAGGAGGAAGACAGCCAAGAGGAGGAGGAAGAGGCCUCCUCGAGGUACUAUGUCCCCAGCUACGAGGAGGUGGUAAACACGAACUACUCAGAAGGCAGGGAGUUGGAGCAGAACCCCAGGCUGAGCGUCUCUCUACCAUCCUACGAGUCCUUGACGGGGCUCGACCAGACGACGAGCCCCGCCAGGGCCGAGGUAGAGCCGAGCCCCGGGAACCCCCCCAACAGACAGAACUCCAAGCUGGCCAAGCACCUGAAGCCUCUGAAGGUUCGAAGGAUCAAAUCUGAGAAGCUUCACCUCAAAGACUUUAGGAUCAAC